GUGGUUGAUAGGAAUAUGAGCUCCAGAUCCCACACGCCAUCUAAGAAAUGUGAGAUUGCAGCAGUAGCGGAUAGAUACCGCCACUGUCUUCGCUUGGCCAUCUCAACAAUGGCUUCCAUCCCCUCCUGUACCACCCACCAAACUAUUUCUUCCAAAUCCCUCGCUUCCCCCGUCUCCUUCACAAAAUUGGACUCUGGCUUCCUCGCUUUUACAACUAAAGUUGGUUUCCUCAGACUCACCUCUAGAAUCGGACCCUCCAAUGGCUCCAGAGCCAAGUGCUGGUUCAAAUUCGGUAAAAACGGUGUUGAUGCUGAAGGAGCUGGAAUCUAUGGUAGCCAAUCCCGCGAUGAUUUCGAUAGGGACGACGUUGAACAAUACUUCAACUACAUGGGAAUGCUUGCUGUUGAAGGAUCAUACUCUAAAAUGGAGGCUCUUUUAAAUCAGAACAUCCACCCAGUGGAUAUCUUGCUUAUGCUAGCUGCCUCAGAGGGUGACAAGCCGAAACUGGAGGAACUCUUGAAAGCUGGAGGCAAGUAUGAUGUCAAAGAUGCCGAUGGACGAACGGCUCUUGAUAGGGCCAACGAUGAAAUUAGAGAUUUCAUUUUAAGUUUUUCAGUCCAGAAGGCAUGAUUAGUUUGUUCUCUGUGUGUCACAUAGCUAUUUACGUUGUGCCAGCUUUCAAAUUCGAAUUAUGCCUUUUAAUUUUGAAUUAUAGAACCGAAUGAUUAAUUAGUCUACAACACGACGAAUGUGAUUGGACUGACUGUUUCAUUCUAAAGAUGAGUACUGCGUCCUGUACUUUAUAUUA